AUGGCUGGAAGCGUCGUGUUGAACCCCCUGUCCCGCUUCUAUUCAGACGUCAAACAAAUCGUGGCCAGCACGUUCCACAACGAACUCUUCGCCGCGGACGCGGAGGCUCUCCUCGCGAACAGUAACAACUACCUUUCCCGCUCCACGAUCUUGAACCGCAAUGCUGCGGCGCUGGCAGACUAUCUCACCAACCAGGCGGCAGAGACGGACUCUCCCAUCAGGCAGAUAUUAUACCCGACCACGAGCGACACGCGGGAAAACUACGAGGCGUUCAUGCGCAAGGCCACGCCAGAGUUCACGCCGGGCUAUGGGUGCCUCCUCGCUGUGGAAUUCAGAGAUCUCACGGCGGCGCAGGCCUUUUAUGAUAACCUCCAGCUGCACUGCGGCCCGCACCUGGGCGCCCAUCUGACCUUGGCCUUACCGUUCAAUGCCCUUGCCAAUGGAAAGACUCCGGAGGAGGCUGAGUACCACGCCAGUGUAAGUCACGACGAGGAAUCGCUUUCCACCUGGGCGAUUUAG